AUGAUUAGUGCAGUGGCAUAUGGAUGGAAGGUCACAUCUAACGCUCAUAAAAAUCAUGAGACAGAAGGUUUUAAACAGAGGGCUGAAGAUGUUGACCAAAAAGCUGUCAAUAUCCAUGUCGCAAAUAUCAUUUGCUCGAGCAUUCAGCCUCUUCAGAAUCGAGCUGUGCUGAAUUGCAUUGAGGAAAAAGUAGGUCCGGAUGAGAAAUUUCCUUGGGCAAAAUUUCGUAUAGAGAAAGGCUUUGGAGCGCUUGAGAAGCUGCUAAAAGAUCAUGCUGGAAGAUAUGCGACCGGAGAUGAAGUUUCCAUGGCAGAUGCGUUUCUAGCACCGCAGAUUGAUGCUGGGAUAAAGCGAUUCAAUGUUGACAUGGUUAAAUUCCCUAAUUUUAACUUGGAGAAUUUUUUGUGUAUAUAA